CCGCCCCUUCCGGUGAUGACGCAUGUACGCGGAAAUGCCGCCAAAAACCGUCAUCGACUGUUUUGAAAACAUGUUCAGGCAUGAACCGGUAGACAGCUGAGCGACUUUCAUUCAGUGUGAUUGAGCCUGGUCAGAGUGAAAAGGAUCCACUCUUCAGGAUGAAGAAUGGGGUUGCAUCCACUAAAGGAGAAGGCUUCCUCUCCAGGAUGGCCCUCAAUGACAACAAGGCUGGUAUGGAGGGUCUGGACAGGGACAAGAUCAACAAGAUCAUCAUGGAGUCAUCCAAGGGAUCUAGGUUUUAUGAGAAUGAGCUGAAGAGAGAGCAGCAGGUGAACCAGCGUAUUGAGAAAAUGAUGCUACAGAAGGCACAGAUCACAGAACAACAGUUAAAGAAAGCACAUGCUCAGGUGGAGAGGAUGGCCGCCGAGCUGGAGAGGAGUCGUGAUCUCAGCCGUAUGAUUGUACAUGUGGACAUGGAUGCUUUCUACGCUGCUGUGGAAACGAGAGACUGUCCUGAGCUGAAGGACAAACCCAUGGCUGUAGGAUCCAUGAGCAUGCUGUCAACAUCUAACUACCAUGCCAGGAAGUAUGGGGUCCGAGCCGCCAUGCCUGGCUUCAUUGCAAAGAAACUCUGCCCCAACUUAGUUAUUGUUCCAACCAACUUUGAUAAAUACAGAGCUGUGAGUGACGUGAUCCGGGAGAUUUUUGCAGACUAUGACCCUCACUUCCAGCCAAUGAGCCUGGAUGAAGCCUAUCUGGAUUUUACAGAACACCUGGAACGGAGGCAGAGCUGGCCACAAUCCUCCCGUACACAUCGCUUCCGCGCCAGCAGCGCCGCUACAGGUGAAGAGCAGAUUGAGCUUCCCCAGGAGGCAGAGCCAGAUGAGAAAGACGUCUCUCUGGUGCUGUUUGAUGACAGCCCGAGUUCCUCUCCCCGCUUGUUGAGCUCUGAAGGUGUUGGCGCUGCUGGCGGUGCGUUUGAGGAGUUUGGGACGUCUGUGGAGGAAGCUGUGAGAGAGAUGCGCUUCCGCAUUGAGCAGAAGACCAUGCUGACUGCCAGUGCAGGAAUCGCUCCAAACACGUUGCUUGCCAAGGUGUGCAGUGACAAGAACAAGCCCAACGGCCAAUACAGACUCCCCUCCACUAGAGAGGCAGUCAUGGACUUCGUCCAGAAUCUCCCAGUUCGCAAAGUUUCUGGCAUAGGGAAGGUGAGUGAGAAGAUGCUGAAUGCUCUGGGCAUCAGUAGCUGUUCUCAUUUUGGCCAGCAGAUGGAGCUGCUGUCGUUGUUGUUCUCUGAGACAGCCUGGCAUCAUUUCAUGCAGGUUUCCCUGGGUCUGGGCUCUACACAUUUAUCUAGGCACGAAGAAAGAAAAAGCAUGAGCACAGAAAGGACAUUUAAAGAACUGAGCAAAGUGGAGGAGCAGUUGUCUUUUUGCAGGGAGCUAUGUGAAGACUUAGCAGAAGACGUGAAGAAAGAAGGUCUGAAGGGUAAAACGGUAACACUGAAGCUGAAGAAUGUGAACUUUGAGGUGAAAACCAGGGCGCUGACGCUGCCGUAUGGCGUUGCUACAGUGGAUGAGAUCUUUGCUGUUGCUAAGGACCUUCUGAAAACAGAAAUUGACAACGAAAGCCCCCAGCCACUCAGAUUGAGACUCAUGGGUGUAAGAAUCUCUGCCUUUGUCAGCUCGGAUGAUAAAAAGCCUCUGCAGAGGAGCAUCCUUGGCUUUCUUCAGCCAGGCAAGACAGACUCUGGUGGCUCUCCCCAAGGAAUGAAUCAAGAGCUUGAGAAAGAGCAUCUCUCCAGUCACUCCUUCCAAACUGGGUCCCUUGCUUGUCCUCCCCUGGCGCAGAAGUGCCAGAGACAAGAGCAAGUUCCCUGGGGGAGUAAGCAGAGGGGGUUAGAGACUGGUGAGGAACCCAAACAGUCUUUCUUCCAAAGGGCUCAUGCCAAACGACUGCAACUACAGGCAGCGAAUGCCAGCAAACAAGAGGAAGGGCAUGGGGAGAAUGCUUCUGUGAUUACUUCCACAGGCACUUUUGCUGAAAAGGGUGCAGAGUCAUCAACAAAAGCACACAAGAGUGACUGUACAGCCUCAGAUCUCUCAGAAAAUGACUUUGUCUUCCCCGUAGAGGCCCAUGCAUCCACAUCAGGCUGUGGCGGCGCAGUGUCGGAGAGCCUCACCUGUCCGGUGUGUUCAAGGCAGGUGGAGACGACUGAUUUGAAUGUCUUCAACGGACAUAUAGACCAGUGUCUCAGCGAUGCCUCUAGAAAACCAAUCCAAUGCAUAGUUUCUGACUCGGAGUCAGAUCUGGACCUAGAGAAUGGCCAGAAGGAUUGUGAAGAGCUGGAGUCGAACAGAGUUGAUCCUCACGAAGACCAACGCAGCAUGGAAAACGAUUCUCUUCAAACGGAUUUGUUGAUCAAUGGUGACAGCAAAACAGUGACCCUGCGACAGCCUCAGUCAUGUAAUGAUAAAGGCCCCGUCCUCAUCUGCCCAGUAUGUCAGCUGACUCAGUAUAGUGAUGACCUCACUAUCUUCAACCACCACGUUGACCUCUGCCUGAACCAGGAGGUCCUACAUGAGCUGGGGGGGCAGAAAUCAUCUCCCGUAAAUCCCCCUUCAGUUAUAAAUAGCAAGGCCAUAGACAGAAGCCGUUUCCUGCCAACGCAAGCAAGUAAAGGCAAAACCAAAAGACGGGACUCGCCUUCCUCUCCCCCUUCUAAAAAGGCUAAAGGCCUCGGUCCUCGCAACACCAUCGACAAGUUCUUCAGGUGACGGUCAUGCACGAAUAAUGUCCAUCCUCAUCUGGAAGAACUGAGAAGGUUUUCUUCGGGAAAUAAAAAAACACCUCUCCCCUCCUGCCUAUGUUCCACUGAGCAGGUUUUCAAUGCACACAAAGCCAUAUUCAAUUUUUCUCUUGAAAAAUCUAUUUAAGAUGCCUGUAAUAUUUGCACUAAUAUGCCUUAUUUGUUUUUUAAAAGCCAAAUCCUGUUUUAAUUCUGGCAAAUUAAUGGUAAUAUGUAUGCCAGUUUAAUUGCCUAUUUUUGUUAUGCGCUGAAGAUAAGUGUAAUGUAUUUAUUAUACUGUAUGCAAAAUGGAUCAUAAGGGUAUUUAUUACAUGCUGAGGUGCCAUUGUUAUUUAUUAUUUAUCUUCAUGAAGUUAUUCCAUUCAGAUAUUUUCAGUAAUUUCCAGUUGUAUUUAUUGUAUUUUCCAAUGAUAAUAACUAUAUGUUUAAUAAUGAAGAUAAGAGAAUCCUUCUAUCAUGUAAAUCGAAGUUGAAAUAAAUGACUAUUCUGCUGAAA